AUGACCCUGUUUCAUUACCAGCGUGGUGUUACCUCGGGAUGUGGCUUGGGUGUUGGCGUUCAGAGUCAACUUCACCUCUCUCUCAUGCCCCAGUUUGGUACUGCUGGGUCCAAUGGCUUUGCACUUGUCAUAGCAGCAAAGCCCAAGGUGGGGAAGCCUGCUGGUGUGGGGUACAGUGGAUUGGGACUUCGGAGCAUAGCCGUUGUCUUUGACACGCUUCCGAAUGAUGUGGGCGAGCAGCACGUGGGGCUGUGCAUCAACGGCACAGAGGAGUGUUUGGUCAAGGAGGUGUCUCCAUUCACACUGACCGAUGGCGACUCAUACAAGGUGUGGGUGGACUAUGAGCCUGGGGAUCCCGGCACCAUUCAAGUGUUCCUGGCCAGUUCGAAUACAAAGCCAGACGAGCCACUGCUGCUGGGGAGGGUGUCGCUGUGUGCGGUCCUGCAGCCGGGAGUGAAGCAGCCGGCAUUCUCGUUUGGGUUCGUUGCGUCCACCACUGUCAAGGCCGUCCUGUUCAAAGAUCAAGCCCUUGGCCUCUCGCUAUCGGAGGACACAUUUGCACCGUCUCGAGGCAGCCCCUUUUCGCGCUACGUGAGUUCGGAUUUCGAGCUCUCGGCCACCAAGAAGGACGCGUGGAGGCUUCGUGACUUCCACACGUGGGACUCUGUGGAUUUCCUUGGCUGGCCUGUCAAGAACCAGCGAGACUGCAAUGCGUGCUGGGCAUAUGCGGUGGUGGCGAGUGUGGAGGCGGCAUACGGCAUUGCAAAGCAGCAGAGCGCCCCUCAACUGUCAGUGGAGGCGCUCUUCGCCCUCAUGGGGCUCUCCGACUCCGACAAAGCAACAACGUACCCGGUGCAGUCGUUCGAGCGAGCGAGCGCGGUUCAAGGGGUAUGUGGGGCUCAUGAUGGCAGUGCAGAACCAGCCAGUGGUGGUUCACAUCCAGGCGUCUGCUGCCACGUUCGUGAUAACCGCAUUGCUCCUCCGUUUUGGAUUAUUCGCAACUCGUGGGGAGAGGAGUGGGGCGACAAGGGUCACAUACGCAUGGACAUUCAGGGAGGGGAUGGCGUGUGUGGCAUCAACGUGCUGCCUGGCAUCUACCCCGUUGUCAAGAGUGAGGCAUUUACCCGGUAG